UAGUAGAAAAUUGUAUAUAUUAAGUAACCUGUUUUUACAUAAAAAAGCUUUGUCUUUUAUCUUUUGGAUUUAUGCGAUUCUUUCCAUAAGUUUAUAUUGUGUGAAGUCCGCAGAAUUAAGUUUGAAGUUUCUGACAAUCAAGUGGCUAUAUUUAGCAAAAUAAAACAGCGCUACACCGAAGGCGCAAGUUUAAAUAGAAAAAAAAUUAAUGGGUAGAUAAAGCUAUAGUCUUCAUCCAGGUGUAUCGGAAAACAGUGCUUUUACAUUUGCCAAUAGAGCGUUAAACUUUAUGAAUUAAUAACCGGUUUAACAUUUUAAGAAUUGAACGCCAAUUUACUUCCGCCUUUACGAUUCAGAUGAUACAAAAUUAUCAAUUGGUAUAAGACAUGGACAUUUAGAAGUAAUGUGAGACCGUCAGUAAUUACAUGCUACGCACAAAAUGGGCUCUUGUUGUUCUAAAACAGAUAACGGUGAUAGUAAUGCUAACAAUCCAUCUCCUACCAGCAAACACAACAAUCGGGAAAAUCAUGGAAAGUCGGCAAAGAAAUAUGAACAUGCACCACCCCAGGAUGUACGAGACCAUGGACAUGGAAAAAAGGACAACAAACCUUAUCACCAUCAUUCCAGAGAUAUUCAAAGACAUACAGAUGAAAAGAACGUCAUGGAAAAUAAAGACCGUAGACAUGGAAAAAGAAAAGAAGUAAAAAAUAAACGCAGACAAUCUAAGGACCAUCUUUCCGGUGAAAUUCAAAGGCUUACCAAUGUACAGAACGACAUGGAAAAUCAUUACAAAAGGGAGCUACAAGACAAAACAAGUGAAACAGCACAACUUCAAGAACGUCUGAAAAAUAUUCAACAGGAUAACUAUAGAAGAGAAAAAGAAAGGGAAGAGAUUUACAAGAAGGAGUUACAAAGCAAAUCAAAUCAAAUAUCACAAAUAAAAGAACAAAUGAAAAAUAUUGAAAAAGACCAACAUGAAAAGGAAAAAGAGCGGAGAAAGAGAUAUCAAAUGACACUUGAUUCUUUAGAGGUUAAAAACGAUUCUCUUCGGAACGAACUGGAAAGGACAAAACAAGAAAAGAACGAUCUCCUUACAAGAUUCAGCGCAUUAGCGGCAAACAAAUUGACCGACGGAAAUGCAAAUAUUGCCGACCUGAGCGAUGAAAAUCGACCAACCAAACUUUCUGAGAAAUAUUCAGAACUUUACGAUAAUCAAUGGACAGAUGCAUUCACUUACCUUAGUUCGAUUAAGGAAAGGGGAGAGGAGGAACUUUGUUCUAUACUAGUGAAUGCAUUUUGUGUAAUAUAUUUAACAUGUAGAAAGAAAGCUGAUGCUGACUUAAAAGCUUUUAUCUCUGCUAUUGAUGAACUAUAUGAGUCCGCCGACCUUGCAAGAGAAAUGAUCAAGACUGCAAAAGAUAGAAGGAAAAAAAGACCCAGAAUGAAGGUUGGAGAAAUCAAACAGUUAUACACUUCUGAAAUGCAACAAGUUAUACCUUCCGAAGAACAGAAAGGAAUCGAAUCAUUCCUUGAUAAAAGCAUCGAACUGUGCUGGCUGAUGGCAAUUCAAGACCCCCCAUUAUAUGUAGACACAAAUUUGUCACUAAGGGGCAAACCUUUCGAAACAAAUUUGUUUAAACCGUAUACGGUACAGGGCAAAUAUGUUGACUUUAUAGUCUGGCCUGCAUUGUAUCUUCAUGAAGGAGGGAGCUUAUUGAAUAAAGGAGUUGCUCAAGGAAAGAAACAGAAACAUGAAACGCAAAGCCAGCUCUUUGAUUAUGUAGAAAAUCUUCGAAGCCAAGUGAACCGCUUAUCUCUUACACCCAAGUCCUCAUCAAAACCAGAUACAAAAUACACCAAUUACACUGUAAAUGAAAGAGUUGCAACAAAAUAUUUACAACCAGAAUCAGAUACAAACGGGAUACAUACAGAAACAUCCGCUGGAAAUGCUGCAUCUAUUAUUAAACCUGCAAAAGGUGAACCUAAAAAUGAAAAAUCUGCUUCAGAUAAUACCAACCCUGCAUCAGAUUCAACCAAAAAAUUAACAGAGGCAUCCGCUGAAUCUGUUUUACAAAGAAUGGAAACGAGUACAUCUUCUGAAACUCAUGCGCCCAAAUCAAAACAAACAGGAAUGUCCGCUAGAAGGGUUUCAUCAUUCACCAAUAUCAAAUCAAAUGCUGUUCAAGAAAAACAAGAUUCUGAAAGUUCAACAAUGUCAUCACAGAAAUUAAUGGCAAAAAGUAAUUAUGAAUCUGGUAGAAAAUCAAGCUCAUUCUCAACAGAUGAUAAAUCGGACAGAAUGAAAUUAUCGGAAUGGCAAUCUCACCAACAAUCAGGAAGUAAACAACAACCGGCUGGAAAAUAUAAAUCAGUAACUGUUAAUAAUUCAAAGAUGUAAAUGAAAUUGCUAACACAAAUCAUUAAAUGUAUGAAUAAUACUCAUGUUUUUUUCUUCACUUCUGAAAUGAAGAAAGCAUCUACUUCAUAGAUACUAAGUAUAAGUCAUUCUUCAAGCCGUUGAUGAGCAUAUACAUGCAUAAUUUUAAACAGGAUUUUGAGAAAAUUUGUUUAUUAGCUUAUUACAUAACAGGGACCAAAAUUAAAAUGUCUUAUCAUGAUACAUUUGUACAUUGGACUUAUUCUUUCAUAUAAUCAAGAAUGUGUAUUGUGUUUUAACUAGCUGAUGGAUAAAAUGUGACAUACAUAUACAAUCGAUAUCCAAUGAAGCAGUUCUUACUUUGUGUCAAAUAAUUAUGAUGCUUUGUAUAAUCAUUAUUACAGUUACUGACCUUGUUAACCAUCUCCUUAGUUUACUAUUCAUUUUUUUAAUACAGUAUAUCUAAUAAAAUUUGUAAUGUUCCAUAUAUUAUAUUUUCGUUGUUUUUUGUGGGUUUUUCUUUUCGUUGUUUUAUUCUGUGUUGUUGUUGUUGUUGUUUUGUUUCCUGUUAUUCGUUUUCUCUGUAUAAUACGCAUAUCGUGCAUUAUGAAUUUAAAGCAGCUGAUCUCCAGAAGAUAACAGAAAAACAAACCGUUUUACAAAUAUUUCAAAAUCUCUCUUUAAAAGCAUUAUUAUAAUAAUCAGAAAUCGAAAUGACACUUCAAAAUGUUCAUAUUUUAUCAUUUAUUUUCCUGAAAAUAAACAGUUCUCUAUUAUGUCAAUGGGAAAUACCUUCAUUUAUUAUACUACGAAUUCUUUCAUCAAGGUUCUUUUCUAGUACCUCGUGAGUGUACGGGACAAUAUCGCGACCUGUGGUCCGGAAUGCGCGGAAUCCGGGAAGAUAUAAAACUUAAAGGGAAACAACACUGUUUUGGUUUGAUAGUUUUAGUAAUUUGUGGUAUAAAACACUAUAAAUAAUUGAUUAUAUUUGAUGAUCAAUUUAUCUAUUUAAACUUAUCCUUGAAAUAACAUAGCCUACUCAAUGACGAAAAUUUAUAUACAAUCCCGGCAUAUCGGAUACCGGGAUUUUUCCUGAUUCACUGUGUGACACGUGACCAUGUUUAAUGAGUUAUCUUCUCUCUAUUCAUAUUAUCUACAUCGUUAGUAAAGUGGUAGAUUAUGCAAAAGAAAGACAUGAUACAUUGACUCUUUUGUGAACAUUCUUUUUUGAAUUAAGAUGUCAGUCAUAGCGAAUUUACACAUUUACCAUUUAUUAGUAAUCUGAUUUUUGUUUUCAUUUUACCAUCUGGAGGUCAGUGGCUUUAACAUAUUUUUAUGUAAAGUUUAUCAUUUUAUUUUGUAUCUUAAGAACUGUAAAUAAAAAGUGUAUCUAGA